CACAAAUAAUCUUUGUUUGUCCAACGUCUUGUGUUUUUUUUGGUUCUGUUCCUCUCUCUUCUCCUCUCCUCUCUUUUUCGUGAAGAUAAGGCAAGGAAAGAGAAGAGAAGGACCCUUGCUACUCAAGGAAAGAGAGAUGAGGACGGUGGAGCAACCUGUGGCUACGGCAUCAAAGUUUCCUUUGAGCUUUUGGGAAGCCGCGGUGGCUUCAACGGUGGCUUUGGGUUUCGUGGUAAGCCUUCUCUGUGUUUACCUCACGAUGCCCGAUUCCGAUUACAGCUUCCUCAAGCUCCCCCGCAACCUCCAAGAUCUUCAAAUCCUACGAGAUAACCUUGAGAGCUAUACAAGUGACUACACUGCACAAGUCUUGGUGGGAUACUGCGUGGUAUAUAUUUUCAUGCAGACUUUCAUGAUUCCAGGGACUGUGUUCAUGUCAUUGCUUGCUGGAGCACUCUUUGGCGUCUUCAGAGGCGUGGCUCUGGUUGUGUUCACUGCCACAGCAGGAGCUUCUUCAUGCUUUUUCCUUUCAAAGCUGAUUGGAAGACCUCUUCUUUCCUCUCUUUGGCCAGACAAGUUGAAAUUCUUUCAAGACCAGGUGGCUAAAAGAAGAAAAAGUCUGCUGAACUACAUGCUUUUUCUGAGACUGACUCCAACCUUGCCCAACACAUUUAUUAAUUUUGCUUCACCAAUCGUGGAUGUGCCUUAUCAUAUUUUCUUCCUGGGAACUGUUAUUGGACUCAUACCUGCUGCUUAUGUCACUGUCAGGGCUGGGUUAGCUCUUGGAGAUUUGCAAUCCGUGGGGGAUCUCUAUGAUUUCAACUCAAUUGCUACGUUGUUCCUCAUAGGUAUUGUUUCAGUUACACCCACACUGAUGGGCAAGAGCGAAUCUUAGCAUUUCAGAAGCCGAGGAUCUUGUGUAUGAGGCUCUCGUUCUCCUCAAAGCUAAUACCAGUUCAGUAUUUGUACAUAUCUCAGAAAAAACAAUUGCAAUGUGGUUCACUGCUAAAUGGAUUUAUUGUGCAGUGCUGCAGUAACACAAGACAAUAUAUGAUUGAUGGGCUCUAUGAGAGUGGCAAGAAACGACGUUUGGCUGAAAUAGUUAUGUACAUUGUUCAUAUGUAUUCAAUAUGCGCUUAUUGACUAGUAGUUGCUUUAUCAUGUUUUUUCAUGCACAAUAAUAUAGUCAAAAUGCUUUCCUGUUAGUUAGAUAUAACAUCAGUUAUACUUGACCAUUUUCAUUGUAUAAAAGUCUUGCAGAGAACGAGUU